AUGAGUAUCAACAAGUCUUUGCUAGAUAAAAUAUACACCUACGCAAAGUACCCUCCCACAGGGGUCUCCAUUAGACAAAUGGUCAACUUUGGCGUCCACCCCAACGUUGGCACAUUAUUCAGAGCAUCGCAGUUCGUGGUCGAGGAAUUGCCCAUCAGGUUGGCCCACAGAAUAAAGGAGUUGGAUCAUUUACCCAAUGGCCUAAGCUUGAACCCGUCUAUUGUCGAAGUCAAGCAUUGGUACGCCAAAUCCUUCGAUGAAUUAACCAGCUUACCCCGGCCGCAGAUCGCCGGCGAUUUAAAGAAAUUGUUGUAUCCCACCUCCAUUAAUGAUCAUCACAGAAAAUACUACGUCGACUUACCCGAUACCAUCUACUGCUCAUCAGAUAUCUACGAAUACAACGAUCUUGUCACCAACACUUUGACCAAGAUCAAAAAGCGCCACGAUCCCACGGUGGCCACCAUCGCCAAAGGCGUGCUCGAAUGGAAGCACCUCACAAAGGGCCCCGAUGUCAUUGACUCUUCCAUCCAACAAUUCCUUGAUCGGUUCUAUAUGUCCCGAAUCGGCAUCAGGAUGUUGAUUGGCCAACACAUUGCAUUAAACAAAGAACCACUAAGAGAUGAUUACGUCGGGAUCAUUUGCAAACACACCAACGUUGGUGAUUUGGCCCAAGACGCCAUUGAAAACGCCCGGUACAUAUGUGAACAGUACUUCGGGCUCUACGAGGCCCCGAAAGUCGAGCUCUACUGUGCCGAUAACAUCGAGUUCAUGUACGUGCCAUCUCAUUUGAUGCAUAUGUUGUUUGAGAUCCUCAAGAACUCCCUUCGGGCUACGGUGGAGUAUCAUUUAAUGAAGCAGCAGCAGCAGCAGCAGCAAUUAAAAGGCGAUGCGUUUGAUAUUUACAACCUUGAGUUCCCGCCAAUUAAAGUCAUUGUCGCCAAUGGGAACGAGGACAUCACCAUCAAAAUCAGUGACGAAGGUGGAGGGAUCCCUAGAAGCGCCAUGCCUUUGAUAUGGACGUAUUUGUACACUACCGCAAAGGAUAUUCCCGAUAUUGAUAAUAUUGGGGAGAAUGAGUUCAUUGCCCCAAUGGCCGGUUUGGGUUACGGGAUCUCUUUGAGUAGGUUAUACGCCAGGUAUUUUGGCGGCGAUUUGAAAUUGAUCAGUAUGGAAGGGUAUGGUACUGAUGCUUAUAUACACUUGAAUAAAUUGGGGGGCUCGACUGAGCCGUUGCCAUGA